UAGUGAUAUUACAUUGUAAUAUUGUAGACGUGCGAAAGUAAAAAAAAAAAGUCAAAAUGAGUUGUAAAUAUUACACAGAAGCAGCUCUCGGGUGGAUCUUGAAUAACAAAAUGAUAGUGUUUCUUGGAUUGUUGUCAUUUUGCCUAUUUGUUUCCACAUUGGCAUUAGCAGGACAGAGAAACAGAUAUAAGGCGGAAGUUGAAGAACUAAAGUCAUCGACUACUGUGGAUCCUCCAACUGAUGCUACGCCAUUACCCCCAACGAAUGCUCUAAAUCUAGAAGCUCCUUUACCUGAAAAAAAUUCUGGUGAAAUAACUAAUGCAGUAAUUGAAAGUGCUUCUCUUAUGAAAGAUAGCUUUUUAGUUGACGAAGACGCUUACGAUGCAAAUCCCUUGGAAAAAUCGGUUUUUGAUUUAAAAGACAGUAAACUGAUACAAGUGUUGAAUGCAUUCAAAAUGGUCAGGUGUAGAUAUUACACAGAAUUAACUCUUGGGUGGAUGUUAAACCAUAAAAUGAUAGUGUUUCUUGGAUUGUUAUCGUUUUGCCUCUUCGUCUCGACUUUAUCUAUGGCAGCACAAAGAAAUAGAUACAAAGCAGAAAUUGAUGAAAUUUUAUCAUCGACUACGGUUGAGCCUCCUACGGUUGAACCUACCACUGAAGUUCCAACAACUGAAGUCACAACUGAAACACCAACUGAAGUUCCAACUGAAACACCAACUGAAGUCCCAACUGAAACACCAACUGAAGUCCCAACUGAAACACCAACUGAAGUCCCAACUGAAACACCAACUGAAGUUACAACUGAGACAACAGUUGAGUCAACAACUGACAUAACAAUUGAGUCAACAACUGACAUAACAACUGAAGACACAGUCCAAUCACAUGACAACUCCAGUAAGAAAAUAUCUGAUGAAACUAACCUAGAAGUUUGAAUUUUAGCACGCCACAGUUAAGGAGGGUGUUACAACGUACGUUGAACUAAUUACCGAACAAAGAAAAGCAAGUGCUUUUAAUUUAAAAGACAGUAUGCUCUUCAAAAUUUUGUCUUCACAUGCUUAGAAUAGAAGUCGUAACGUAGUAACUCCACGUUUGUUUAAGUAUAUUUCUCUUAUUUUUUAAAUCUAUCGUUGUUGGAUUUGAUAUCAGAAUGCUUAGAAGUUAGGGGAGACCUUUCCGCAGCAGUGGAAUGAAAUAGGUUAUUUCUGUGAGUCGUUUUAGGUUUGCAUGGUGAGGUUGGUAUGGGGCACAGUCAUGAGUAUAUUAUAUUAGUAUUUUUUGAUGAAAAUAUAUUUGUAUUGUAGUACAAUGUAAUAUUUGAUGAUAUAAGUCAUGUAAAUGUUUUUUUGCCUGCCAUUAUUCUAAUUUUUAAUAGCUACAGAUUUCAGUUGCAACAUAUUUUGUCAAAAUUCGAAAAGAAGUGACGUUGAAAUAUUUAUUUACACUUUUUUCUGGAGAAUAGACUAUUAUUUUUGAUUUAUUAGCAAAUUGCUAUUAUGUGUGGGAAAUAUUAAUAAAAACAUUCGAUUUAUACUAAUAAGUAGUAUUACUUUUCAAUCUACAUAUUUAUCACUGAAUUUGGGGACAGUGUAGUAAUUUUUAUUGUUAUUAUACAAUAUGUAUAAAUGAAUACAUAUUAUAUAAUAUAUAAUUAAAUAAACAUGAUAAAAUAAGUUUAUUAUUGUAAUUGAGUUUCUGUUAUAGAAUAAUUUAUCAAAUUAUGUAUAAUUACAUAUGAAAUUCCUUUCAUUUUGGUAAAGCUUUACCAAACAAAAUCCAAAUCAAAUCUUGAAUUUAAAAGUUCAUUUUUCACGCGAAAAUCUGGUUUCGGGGCAUUACAGCUCCGUAUCCGGAUACAUACGGGGACAACACGCGAAGAUGACAUUGGAUGACAGAGGAUUUCACUAGAUCAUUAAGGUGAACUGGUAAAUACAGGGGGAACAAAAGGAUGUGAAAGAUCCUUAUCUUUCUCUUCUCUGUGUAGAGGUUGUAAUGUCUAGCUAUUCUGUGGCUAAGCGGAUUAUUUUAUACAGCCGUCACCGCCAACACUCGGCCCUCUAGCGAGACGCCACACAAUUAGAAUAUAAAUUGAACUCUUUAUAUAAAUUUUAUAAUUUGCAUUUAAGGGGAAACCUGCCACGAUUUUUGUUACGUCUUUAAAUUUAUCAAAAAGAAGAUGUUUAGACUUGAGACAGUAUUAUAUGUAAUGCCAAUGAAAAUAUAGAUAUUGAUGUAACUUUUUCAUUGUAAAUGAAGCGUCUACCAUGA